AUUGAACCGUCCAACAAGGAGGGAUGAGAGCGAAAGUACUAUACCAGGUUGGGUCAAGAUAGGGACACAGGAUCACCCGCAUUGGCACGAUAACUUAAAAUAUAACCAAUGCCAUCCGACCACCGGCGCAAUGGACCGUCACUAUGGACCGCGAUCGAUCUCCAUUGGAUGUUUCAGACACAUCUGCCAUUGGGAACUAAGGUUACUAGUCCAUGACACAUCCACAUCAUGACUACUAGGGACGAGAAUUCAAUCGUAAUGAGAAUAUUCCUAUUAUCCGCGCCAUUUUACUCUCUCUUGGUAUCUCCUCUCUCCUCUAUUCAUUUUUGGAUUAUUCUUCUAAGCUGAGAGAUUUUCGCGGGGCUAGUCCAUCCAUACUAAACAAUGAACCUCCCUUGUCUGGCUCGAACUCGAUGUUUAGUUUAUUAUUGAUGCUGUUUUUUCGGCUUCUCCUCUUAACCGCCUUGAUUUUUAUAUUUAACUCCAAGAUGUUAAGAUCGCCGACUCUCGUUCCUUUUUUCUUUCUCUCAUCCCACGUUUUUCCUAACAAACCCCCUGUCCCUUCCCUUUCUCUCUCGUUUUUUAUCUUCCAUCCGCCUCGUCAUGACGUCAAAAGUGGACACGGCCCAAGUUGCCCUGGGUUUUGACGGAUGGGAUGACUUCAGGCAGCCGACAUUGUUAGCAUAUUCUCCCGAGGCAUAGUUGACUAUCCUUGGAACUUUGAUCCCCUCCCCCCCUCCAACGCCGGUAAGUAAGUACUAGCCCGUCCUUGCAUCUUGCAUGUCCACUUUUUUUUUUCCCUCAACGCAGGAGCCUCGUUAUGCGCCCGUGGUUCAGGAACUGGAGUCCACUUCGUGUCUUGUCUAGACCUUAAGUGGCCCCCCUCAGCGCAGAGGAUUCGAUAGGAAAGGAAGGCGAUGCGGCGGAGCGUCCGGUAGAUCGUAAUCCAAAUUAUCGUAGUGAGAAGGGGCGUUUACCUGAUAGAGGUACUAUCAUGACAGCCAUAUCCAUACUACUUCUUACUACUCUGCACCGGUGUCAAAAUCUGUGAUCGGAGAGACAACCUGGUUUGUCCAAGUGGAUGUGAAUUAGUUAGUAGUAUAUUUAUCGCCGUUUCAUUUGGGAAAUAGUCAUCAAGCUAAAUCUGC